UUCCUGCUCGUGCCGAUGCCAUCCUUUUCCCACCCCAGGACCUUCUGGGUGACUCAUUUGCCUGCACUCCCUGACUCCAAGCUGUGUAAACUCGCCCACCCGGUCCUGGUCAUGUCAUCCACCUCCCGCACCGUGAAGUCACCUUCCAACCAUCCGGUGCCCCAUCAGUUUCUCAAACAAUUAGGCCUGCAUCCUAAAUGGCAAUUUGUCGAUGUAUAUGGAAUGGAUCCUGAACUCCUUAGCAUGGUACCAAGACCAGUGUGUGCAGUAUUACUUCUCUUCCCUAUUACAGAAAAGUAUGAAGUAUUCAGAACAGAAGAGGAGGAAAAAAUAAAAUCUCAGGGACAAGAUGUUAAAUCGUCAGUAUAUUUCAUGAAGCAAACAAUCAGCAAUGCCUGUGGAACAAUUGGACUGAUCCAUGCUAUUGCCAACAAUAAAGACAAGAUGCAUUUUGAAUCUGGAUCAACCUUGAAAAAAUUUCUAGAGGAGUCUGUGUCAAUGAGCCCUGAAGAACGAGCCAGAUACCUGGAGAACUAUGACUCCUCCUCGCCAUCCUCAUCACAGCCUCAUUGUAGCCACUGCAGAAUGAAGGCCUCAUCAUUGUGUCACCAUGCAUCCCUGCCCUGGGUCAAACGUAACCAUGUAGACCCUGCAAAGGCUACCAGUCCAUCUCUCCGUCUUCGUCGCUGGCGACCCUUCUUACGCCUACCAUCUUUGGGUCUCCAUUCUGUUGCACCAAAUAUAGAUGAAAAAGUAGAUCUUCAUUUUAUUGCAUUAGUUCACGUAGAUGGGCAUCUCUAUGAAUUAGAUGGACGGAAACCAUUUCCAAUUAACCAUGGUGAAACUAGUGAUGAAACGUUAUUAGAGGAUGCCAUAGAAGUUUGCAAGAAGUUUAUGGAACGUGACCCUGAUGAAUUGAGAUUCAAUGCAAUUGCUCUUUCUGCAGCAUAGUUUGUCAAUAAUGGAAACACCAAGUACUGUAUUAUUUGCAACAAAAAUUUCAUUUCUGCUGCCAUACACUAUCUCAAAAAUUUUGAUAUUUUCAUUAACUUGACUGAUUAAACUUUAUGUGAAUUAAACUUUGA